UAUAUAUUUUCCACAAACCCUCGGUAAAAAAAAAAAAUCAAAAAUUAAAAAAAGAGAGUGCUCCGGUCCUCCGGAUCCGCCCACACGGUCUGUGUUCGAAGACUCAUGUUAAAAUUCCGGAAUUGACCUCCAUCGUGGGCCCCAACGUCACGAAACAGAAGGGCAUUAAGGUCAAUUCACAACAUUCACUCAAGACACGCGUCCCGGAAGCCACGAUCUCUCUCUUUACUCUGAAGUUGCGUGGACUUCAAGAUCAAACCGAUAUUCCCAAGUCCCAACUACCCCCCCGGCCCGACUGUAAUUUUCGGCGAAGGCCAUGGGCAAAAAAGGAAACUGGAGCUGCAGCUCCGCGGCGAUCGGCUCCGCCGUGGCGGCGAUCGUACUCUGCAAGCCCAAGGACCCCGCCUUCCACCUGGCAUCGAUCAAGCUCACCGCCUUCAAGCUCAAGCUGCCAGCGCUCGACACCGACCUCAUCCUGACCGUACACGUCAGCAACCCGAACGUGGUCCCGAUCAGGUACUCGGCGACGGCGAUGUCGAUCUUCUACGAGGGGUCGCUGCUAGGUUCGGCGCAGGUGGAGGCGGGCUUGCAGGCGUCGAACUCGUGCCAGAUCCUGCGGCUGCCGGCGUGACUUGAACUGAUUCACUAAAUCUAAAUAUGGAAUUAUUUUGGUCACAUUUAUUAAAAUUAAAUUUUUAGUGUUUAAAUAAACUUGAAUAGAUUAUUAAACCUAAAAUUAAAUGCGUGUCUUGUUUUCGACAAAUGUUCAGAGAGGAGAAAUGGAGUUGGAAAAGGUGAGAGGUUAGGGCGAGGAAAUUUACUUUAAGUAGAUGUUAUCUUUACAGAUAAGCUAAAGAGUUUUUAAAUUGAAAAUAAAAUUUUUAUCCCUUGAGAUAAUUAAUUCAA